UCUACUUCCGGUUUUAUAUUCGUCGCCUGUUCGUACAGAAUGUGAAUAUGUGGCGACCUUUUAAUCUAAUUUAUUUCAUAUUAACGCUAUAUUUUACAAUUUACCCAUCCCAGUCAGUUCUGGAAUGGUUGUUUGGAUCCGAUUCACAGAAGAAAGAAAAUGGUGACGUGAAGCAAGGUUCAGGCGCGAGGUUUGAAGUUAUCUCGACAGACGAACAUUUUCUUGAAUUUGCCAAAACUUUAAAGGAUUUAUCCACACUUGAUGCAUGUAACCAGAUAGUUGUUUUCAACUUGAGGAAGAAAUGUGGUGAUCUGUCAGAAGAGGAGCUGGGUAAACUAGCCGUGCAGCUCCUCAAUUGUCAGUCCGAGGCCGAGCAGAGACCCGUCUUCCCCUGCUCCAACUCCAUGACUCUGGCGGAGUGUACAAAGCCAAUGGACACUACGACGUGGAACACGUACCAGAUCGUGAGUAACCGAGCCCGGGCCAUGUGCUAUGAGGCUCAGCAGGCCCAGUUUCACCGCCUCACGGAGAAGACGGUCAACAACCUGAUGACCAGCGCUCAUGGUCAGACCGUGGUCAUGAAAGAACUCAAGGAUGGGCAGGAACAGCUUCACCUGAUGACCACCGAGACGAUACGGAAGCUGUUUGAGAGUCAGCAGGAACUACUCAUCACCCAUGAGAGCCUGCGGUCAGCCCAGGAGGGCGUGUUCACACACAUCAAGGACAACAUCCAGGAGCUGACGAAGGAGAAGUCCCUCAUAGCGACCGGGAACAAGGAGCUAGCAGGCAUGACCCAGAAGAUUAAACAGGAACUUGAUCUGACCCGUGAGCAGCUACAGGACCAGGAGUCUGCCCAGAGACAAAACCAUCAGACCAUCCUGGAGGAUCUCAAGAACAUCCGCAACAGAGCCAAGGAUGCCUUUGAUAAACUUGACUCCAGCACCAAGCACCUGCUGUUGAGCCACAGCAACAUGACUACCCACUACCAGGAGAUGUUCUCCAACCUGCAGAAGAUCAACAAGACGGUGACUUGCCUUUUGAAGUCCGUGGCCGAGAUGCAGGAGAACAUGGAGAGGAAGAUAGGCUGGAUCUCCCAGCUGCUGGGGGGAGCAGAUGACAAGCUGCAGUUGUUGACCAGCUGCGUCCUGCACAUCGCUUACUUCCUGCUGAUGGUGGUAGCCGCUGCAUUCCUCCAUCUUCCUCUCUUCUCUCGCUUCCUCCUCCUGAUCGUCAUUGUCUCCAACGCUGCCGCAGAGAUCAGCUACAGCACCAGCCUAGACUUCGCCGGCAUGACAGCAUUCAUCUUCUCAACAUCUAUGGCUUACUGGGCACUCAGCUGGAUCCGCGGGAACCUGCAGUACAACAGGGCACCAGGGUCAGCGGCAGCAGCAGCAAUCACAUUCUCCCCAUCCUCAUCUCAUCAAUCGGCGCCAUUGUCAUCAGAGGAGCUGAGGCAGUUGACCACCACGUUAGGCAGGCUGUACAAUACGAUGACUGAUAGUCUGAACCAGAGCACCUCACCAACAUGUGCUGGGGAUGCCAUCCCCGAAGCCCGGACCCCCGCAGAUACCCACAGGACCAAUGUGCAACAGCCAGACAGUACAAACGAGGAGGUGAACCAGGUCCGCCGGGUGCUGCUGAACCACCUUGGAGGGGACACGCCAAACAGGUCCUCGCCAGCCAGGUUCUCAUCGGGAUCUCGCACCCCGAUGUCAGCCACACCCCAGUCAUCACGGGCUUCCACUCCGUCUCUAGCAUCACGUUGUCUGGCCAUCACCAGGACAGGUGCUCCCUGCCGCAUGCAGUCAAUGACUGGACAAGAAUACUGCCAUCGACACUUCAGAACAUGACCUCUUUCAUGUCCUGUUUUAUGUCAAUUUGAAGCAGUUUGCCACAAAUACAUAAAACAUAUUUUUUAAAUUUUUAUUUACUUUUGUACAUUACAUUUAAGACUCUCUGUCAUCCCUAAAAAAAUAUAAAGAGUUUUUCAAUUAUUUAUGUUUUCAAUUCCUUUACCUGGAAUUAAGAUCAUGUGUCUUAUUUCAGUGUAAGAUUCCAAACUUGGAUCAUGUUAAUUGUUGAAUUGUUCUUAUUAUAUGACAAUAUAGGAAUGUUUAUGAAUCUUGUAACGCACAAAUGUUUCUUUGAUGAUGUAAAGUGGAAGUUGAAAAUAAUAGUUAUUAUUUUGGAUAUAUGUGUUUUGAUAUUACCUGACCCAAGUGACAUAAAGUGGAAGUUGAAAAAGUAGUUGUUAUUUAGAAUACAUUUUUUUAUAUUACUUAACCCAAGUAGAGAUGGAAUCAAUUGGGUUUAGAGUGAAAUGAAAACUGGAGUCAUCCACACAACAGCUGAAACUAGAAUUCGGGAGAGAUUUAUUAUGCCCAUUGCUUUGAAAAUGUCCCCAAUAAUUGGAACAUACAGCUUCCAUUACACUCUUUUCUUUUUGUGGUGCUAAGUCUUCAGCAAUCCAUACUUGCCGUAAAAGGCGACUAUGCUUGUCUUAAGAGGCGACUGACGGGAUCGGGUGGUCAGACUCGCUCACUUGGUUGAUGCAUGUCAUUGUAUCCCAAC